AAAUGAUACAAUGUAGCCCCUGCACCUGCACAGUUAAUCUCUUGCGGCUGCUCUCUCUGUGCCUGGAGAGUGUGCAGGCCAGCCAUGGGAGAGAUGGCUUUUGUUUGCCCUGUGAUGGGGGAGGUGGGCUGGCUCCAGGCCUUAGGAGAGGCCCCUCCGGUGAGUCUGCUUGCUGCUGAAGAAGGAUGAGGCUCGAAUUGUAAUCAAGGAUUCGCUGGAGCCAGAGCGAAUGCUUCCAAGUGCAGGGGGAGGCACACAACCUCUCACAACAAAAAGAUCCCCCACCCCCAUCUGAGCCCAGUGACUAACCCAGCCAAGUACAAUAAGGAAGGAAACUCACACCCAAGGACGCUACCUUCCGCUAGGACUCCAAUUCCCUGACCACCAUGUCUUACCAGGGGAAAAAAAGCAUCCCUAAGAUCACGGUAAGAGAGGGAGAGAGGACAUUGCAAGGCUGUGACCAGCUGCCAUGAUGAGGGGGGAUGCAGGCCUUACAGGAAGCUAAUAUACAUUGUACAGAGCAUCACUGUAUCAGCAUCCCUCUCUGCACACAGCAUAGGGGGUGCAGGGGGUCCUGGGUAAUAAUAGGGGUAGGUUGUUUACAUGGAUACAAGGACCUACUGUAAACAAGGAUGGCAGCUAGGGGGUUAAGGCAGCCAUGGCACUCUAUAAAUCUUAAUAAUAAUAAUAAUGAUACAUAAAGCACAUAUAGAUAUCACAAUAUUACAUGAUAAGUGUCAGUACAAAUUGUAUCCUGAUAACUGGAUACAUCAUUAGAAGGUGUGGGUAUGCUUAAUGUUAAGGAAUCUUGGAUGUUUCUAUCAGAUGAUGAAUCAUUCUAACGUUCUGGACCAUUCAGUGGCAGGCACAGGCUUUCCUCUUGAAAUGAUGCCAUAUGAUAUGUGAUAUAGAAGGUGUUUAGGUUACAGAAGAAUUCUAUAUUGUAGAUCUUGAAUAUUUCAGGCCACACCAAAAUAUAUCAUUCACUUUAAUAGUGAGUGACUGAUAUUAGCAAGGAAAAUGCAAUCUAGGUCAAGUUUGUGCCUUUGUAUCCAAAUACAUAUGCUAGGUUCUGUUUGUAGUGGUGGUGUUUUUUUUUUAGACUGAAUGAGUAAAUUACAGUAUAUCUAAUCUGAAAGGUUUAAAUGCUGCACAUUAACUCCUUCAGUGUUGGGUGGCCUGUCUUAAUGUGUUCAUUUGCCUGGAAUGCCACAAAAUAAACCGAUUAUAUUUAAUAGUGUCUGGUGAAGGCAUUAAGAAGUAUUUUCUGAAAUGCCCCAUCCCCCUCCUCCCCCCCCCCCCCCCAUAAUUGUCACCAUUUGUAAUCAGAAUAAAUAUAAAUAAUAUAUAUAUAUAUAUAUAUAUAUAUAUACAUCUACAAGAUUCAACUCACCCACUACCUAAACACCAAUUUCAAACCUCACAGGAUGUAUUUACACCUAAUUUAGGCAAAAAUAUGGGAAUGUAGUUACAGUAUAUGAUUAUACAUUGCAUAAGCCAAUGUACUCCAUUCUUGGCAUGUCCAAUACUAUAUUUGCAUAUAUUUGUUACAAUUUCUAGCUAACUGCAUACAUUUUACAGUAUUGUUUUUAUAAUCACUACAAUUUAGUCUUUAAGGAAUAAGCCCCCUUAUGUAUCAUUAUUGACUAUAUAACCAUGUAAACUAAAGACAUUCAUGUAAGCAGCUUAGAAUUCCUAACGACUAGCCACUGCAGGUGUCAACCACAGCGCCAAAUUAAAAACUUGUGGGUAAACCUAAUGUCAUGUUUUGCCCUGUACAAGUUUCCAGGAGCUUUCUUCUUGAUUUUACUGAGGGGACCUUACAAAUAUGGGCUAUGGUUAAUGCCGACAUGAAACUGUAGUUAACCCUAUAUGUGCCAGAAGACUAUUAAAUAAAUUACCUUGUAUGCAUUACACCUGUUUAACUCAUGAUGCAUAUGGAAAAAGUAUAUAUGUCUACAUGGUAAUAAAUGCAAACAUGCAUAAUUAAUUUGACUUAAGGACCUAUCAUGAAAGAGACUGUUGGCUCCCUUUGAUACAGUCCUCCAGUGUAUUGUCUCAUUUCAGAAAGCAAAAUGAAGUCAUGUACCUACAUUAGGCAUAUGAGCUUCAUAGGAUCAUAUUCUAGUCGCAGGCAUAGGCAACCUUUGGCACUCCAGAUGUUUUGGACUACACCUCCCAUGAUGCUUUGCCAGCAUUAUGGGUGUAAGAGCAUUAUGGGAGAUGUAGUCCAAAACAUCUGGAGUGCUGAAGGUUGCCUAUCCCUGUUCUAGUGCCUCGUUAGUCGUGUAGCCACUACAUUUGGUCACAAGUUCAAAUUUGAUUUUUAACCCCUUAAGGACACAUGACAUGUGUGACAUGUCAUGAUUCCCUUUUAUUCCAGAAGUUUUGUCCUUAAGGGGUUAGAGAUCCUAUUGGUAAAGUAGGCCAAGAGAGUUUUUAAAAACGGGUAGUUUGUUUAAAAGUAGAGUUGUCAGGAAUUCCAAGUGAAUUCCAAAUUUAAGGCCAAAAUAGCCAAACUGGAUAUAUUCUCACAGUAAGCUUCCAGUUCAACUACUUUGGCCUUAAAUCUGAAAUUCACAUUGAAUUCACCUAGAGUUUUCACUUUAGUUAAUUACCCUUUCAGAGUUUGCUUUAGAUUUCUACAAACUGAAGAGUGCAUGGACACUCAACUGGUUUCAGAUGGUUACUCUGCCAGUUGGAUUGGCUGACCAAUGUGGCAUGAAACAUAUAGCUAUGUGGAUUGAUAUAUAGUAACGACCACUCCUAUCCAUUUUUUCUUUGUAUUGUUUUACACAGUUUAAGCAAAAGUGUGUAAGGGGUUUAUAUAAUAAACACUGAAUUGUAAAGAAAUAAUUGUAGAAUUGCCAUUUUUUUUUCCUAAAUCCUGCUAUUUUAGUCUCAAUUCAGUGCUUAGUGAAUGUAACCCUAAGAAGCAGAUUUGAUUAAUAUUAUUAUUUCAGUUCCAUACGAAUCAUGUAUGGAACUCCCUUUACAGACAUAUAUGGUCUUACUUUUUUUUUACUAAAGUGAGAAUUCAAAGUAUAGUCACCAUAACAUCUACAGCUUACUGUAUUUGUUCUGGUGAGUAGAAACCCUCCCUUCAGGCUUUUUACAGUAAACACAGUUUUUUUCAGAGAAAGGGCAGUGUUUACAUUACAGUCUAGGGAUACCUCCACUGGCCACUCCUCAGAUGGCCACUAGAGGUGCUUCCUGGCACAGUGCUGCACAAUGUAGCACUGCCAUUCAGAGUCUCCAACUUUCCUCAUAGAGAUGCAUUGAUUCAAUGCAUUUCUAUGAGGAGAUGCUGAUUGGUCGGGGCUGUGUUUGGCUUGUGCUAGCUCUGCCCUUGAUCUGCUUCCUUGACAAGCUCAGCCAAUCCAAUGAUUUCCUAUGUGGUAGCAUUGUGAUUAGCUCAGAACAUCACUUCUGAUUAUGUCAGCCAUGCAGGCAGAUUAGAGGCAGAGCCAGCAGCAGGAGACUCAAGUAAAGGUAAGAUUUUAUUAUUUUUAGGAGAGACGGGUGGGCGGGGCAGGGAGACUAGAUAGUGAUUUUAACACUAUAGGGUCAGGAAUACAUGUUUGUGUUAAUGACCCUAUAGUGUUCCUUUAAAGCUAAGUUCAAAUGUAAGGCCAGCAUAGCCAAACUAUCCUUCCAGUUUGGCUACUUUGACCUUAAAAGGACACUAUUGUCACCAAACCAACGUUAGUUUAACAAAUGAGUUUUUGUGUAGAUCAUGCCCCUGCAGUCUCACUGCUGAAUUAUCUGCCAUUUAAAAGUUAAAUGGCAGCCUGCAUGAAAAAAAAAUUCAUUUUUAAUUAGAUGUAACUUAAUUUAAACAUUUUUAUCUCCUGCUCUGUAAAUUGGACUUUGAUCACAUACUGGAGGCUCCUGUUACGCUUGUAAGCUAUUAACAGAGCAUGAGGUAAUAAAUUCUAGAUUAAACAGACUGUGCAAUCAAGUAAGUGUAAAGAUUAGAUGACUCUUGACAUGAAGUGUUUAGGGACGCUCUGUAAGUCACAGGCAGGGAGGUGUGACUAGGACUGCAUAAACAAAGUGAUUUAAUCCCUAAAUAGCAGAGAACAGAGCAUUAAGACUUCAGGGGCAUGAUCAAUAAACCAAAACUAAAGUUGUUUUGGUGACUAUAGUGUCCCUUUAAAUUUGAAAUUCACUUUGAACUCACAUUAGAUGCCCACACAAAUGAAAAGCACUGUUAGAUUUCACAUUAUUGUACCCCAUCUAAUCUUAUUUCACAUAAUUGUAUCCUUCUUUCAAUUUGUUCAUCAUCAUUAAUCUUACAAUAUCUCAAGUUCUGUGUUCUACUUUUUUAUCUUACCAUUUGUUUGCUCAAUUUUAGAGUCUGUUUCCCUACUUGGUCUUUAUUGUAUGCCUUCCCACCAGCCUCUACUUUUCACCUUUUGCUACUCUCAAACUUUGUCUUUUUUUUUUUCUAAAUUAAAUUUUAUUUGAAUUUUGUUGUGCAAAGUCGAGCUGAUUUCAGAAGCCCUUUAUGGACCAUGCAGUGGUAUGCACAGGUACCUUUUAACCAUAAGAAUGCAUUGAGUUUGUGCUCGCAGGCACUGUUUCAAGCAACUACUUGUAUAGUUGGUACGCGGAGGUACCUCAAUAAUCCAUGACAAGAUGUGAGUGGAUGUGCAGAUCCCAUCUAGCUAAUAUAUAGGAAGAGACAACAAACAUAAGAACAGGUUCCGAAAGCUGCAAAUGGUGCCUAGAUCGGUUUGUAGAGCAACGUUUAUUGUCCGACACAGAGUGGGCACAGGGGGGCAUUCAGGGGGGUAAGUGUGGAAAAAUCAGUGCAACAGGGUGCAGAAAUCUGCAGACUCCACCGUGAGAAUCUAUUGCGUCCAGAUUGCCAUAUAUGUCUGAGUUUUAGCAUGGUGAGCUCCUCCAUAGUGCAUAGCUCUUCCAUGCGCUGGAACCAGGUAAACUGUCAGUCUUUUAGUAUGCCUGAGGGCAUGGAGAGUUAAAAAUAGCUGCUAUUCAUUGGCAAAUUGCUAAAUUAGUCCACGUCACCAUGGAAACCAAUAAGAUGCCUUUCAACAUGCUCAUGGAAUAUCAAAGUUAUAGAUACAAUUAUCAGCAGGUAGAAGCAGGAUUCCCAACAUCUAAUGCAUGACAGGGUACUUUAACCCCUUAAGGACACAUGGCAUGUGUGACAUGUCAUGAUUCCCUUUUAUUCCAGAAGUUUGGUCCUUAAGGGGUUAAAAUGAUAGUUAGGUCUCAUAUUUUUUUAUCCCAUGAGUAAAGUAUACAGGAUUACAGAGCAUGGCAGUGGGGCUAAAGUGCUUAUGGAAUAAUAAAAUGUAUAGAUUGAAUUAUAGGCAGAUAAAAAAAAAAGGACUCCAUUAUCUUAGGUAUGACAUGGUCCUUUAAAAUGUCCCAUAGGUUUAAUUUUUUUUUUCAAUGUAUAAUCACACCUACAAACACUAUUAUAUAUAUAAAAAAAUGUUAUUUCCUUUUUUACAGAGUGACCGGUUGCUGAUAAAAGGAGGGAAGAUAGUGAACGAUGAUCAGUCAUUUGCUGCAGAUAUUUAUAUUGAAGAUGGAUUAAUAAAGUAAGUUUAACAUUUUUUUAAAGCAAUAUUAAUCAAUCCCAAAGAUUGCAAGUUCGUUUGAGCGGGGUCUUUGUCACUAUUUAUAAUUGCAAAGCGCAAUGGAAUAUGUUGGUGCUAUAUAAAUGAUGAUGAUAAUAAUAAGUAGAUUAUUUCUUUGUAUAAGAAAUACAAUAAUUUUUAUUCUGGAUUGUUGAAGAGCAUCCAUGCCAAGCCUGUUUCAUAUAUUCUGUUUGUGUUGUCAAAUGAACAUUUUAGACAAAUUGGAGAGAAUCUGAUUGUCCCCGGUGGGGUAAAGACAAUUGAUGCCCAUGGUUUGCUGGUUAUACCUGGAGGAAUAGAUGUUCAUACAAGACUACAGAUGCCCACAAUGGGCAUGACCAGUGCUGAUGACUUCUUUCAAGGGACCAAAGCUGCACUUGCUGGAGGAACCACAACGAUAAGUAUGUACCCAUUAUAUCAAUCUCACUAUAUUUAUAUACAGUUCAUAUAUAUUUGCCACUUAGCAUGUAUCAUACGACAAGCACAGAUUAAAAUGCAGUGGACUUGCCAUACCUGAAUUUAUCUUUUUUUUUUUCUUUUCUUUGUUCUGGAGCAACAGAGGCUGCUCAUUCAAAUGAACCUGUGCAUCAGAAUAGGUCUUGAAUGAAAAUAAUUUUAUGCCGUAAAGGGUUGGACCGUACAAAUUACUAUUCAUAUACGAUUUAUUCAUGUCCGCUAGAAAUAAAGGCUCAGUCAAAUGACAAAGGGUUUUCUUUCUAGCAAACAUAUUACUAUAGUUAUCUUUAAGCUGUAGGUUCAGGAACAUGUGGAUCCGUAUAUUAAAAACUAGCAAUAAUUCUUGGAUCACAACACAUUAAUUCAGUUACAAACCAAAUUAUAUAGCUUUACCCCAAAAAAUAUUUUCCCCAUUCACAGUGAUGUCACUAGGGUUGGUGUUACCCAGUGCGGUAACUUACGGUGUCACCCCAACCCCCUCCAUGUCCCUUAGUGUUCCUCUCCCCUCCCUCCCAUGUCCCUUAGUGUUCCUCUCCCCUCCCUCCCCUGUCCCUUAGUGUUCCUCUCCCCUCCCUCCCCUGUCUCUUAGUAUUCCUCUCCCCUCCCUCCCCUGUCCCUUAGUGUUCGUCUUUCCCCCCAUACCUGUCUCUUAGUGCCCCUCAUUCCCAUUAAUGUCCCCCCUUUAGUGUUCCUCUCCUUUCUCUUUUACUGCCCCCCCUAUGUGUGUUCCUUUUCCCUUUCCUCCUUUCUACCUUAGUACCCCCUAAUGUUCCUCUGUCUCCCCCCUAGUAUCUCCCCAGUGUCCCAUAGUGUUCUUUCUCACCCUCCCCUGUCCCAUAGUGUUCUUUCCUCCCCCUCCCCUGUCUUUUCCCCCUCCUGUCCCAUAGUGUUCUUUCCCCCCCCUCCUGUCCAUAGUGUUCUCCCCAUCCCAUAGUGUUCUUUCCCCCCUCCGUGUCCCAUAGUUUCUCCCCGUCUCCAAUAGUGUUCUUCCCCCCCCUCCCUGUCCUAUAGUGUUAUUUAAUUCCCUCCCUACCCUGUUCCAUAGUGUUCUUUCCACCUCCCCCCCCCCCGUCCUAUAGUGUACUACCCCAACCUCUUCUCGUUCCCAGUGUUUCUCUCACCAUUCUGGUAGCAUGCCUGAGCUUCAGUUUCCUGUACCCGGCCGAACUGACCGGAAGUGCUUUCUCAGUGAGCACUUCCUUUCAGUCCGGCCGGGUACGAGAAACAGAAGUUUCUAUACUGCGGUAUGCACUGCUCCGCUCGGCCACGCUACACUGACUGAGCGACUGGCAGGAGGGAGCACUGGGCUCCCUGGUGCGGUCCACACCACCCGCACACCUCUUGUGAUGCCACUGCCCAUUUAGUAGACAUUUUGAGUGAGGUAUAUAGAGACUGGUAUCUAAAAAGAACACUCAGAUGUCUCAUUCAAACAGUCUGUCCUACCUAUUUAGAGGUAUGACAUUCCUACCUUAAUGCAGUGACUGUGACGCAAUAGCUUACUCAAAAAUUUGUCCAAAGAAUAUUGACCAUCUCUAUAUCACAUGUUAAUCACAUGAUCUUCACGAUUACUCUGUAACACCUGCUCAAUCUCUCGUUGUUUCAGUUGAUCACGUCUUCCCUGAUCCUGGAAUGAGUCUGGUUGCAGCUUAUGACCAGUGGAGGGAAUGGGCUGACGGGAAGGUUUGCUGUGAUUAUUCACUGCAUGUUGACAUCACCCAUUGGCAUGAAAGUCUUAAAGAAGAACUAGAAGCAUUGGUGAAGGAUAAAGGUAAGCUUAGUUACAUUGUUAUUUGAAGAAUUGAGUAUCUUUUGUGUUGUAUUCAGUUAUUUUUAUUCAAAAUUCAUGCACUUAUGUGUGAGGCAUCCUCACUUUGGAAAGAGAAUUGUGUAUUGUGCUUCACAGUCCAUAUCUGGGCCCUCAUGGGGGUACUACUCCACAAAUCAAGACUGAGUUUAUCAUAAAGCACAUCAUGCAUGUUUAGUACCUGGAGAGUCAUUUAAGACAAGAUGAUGUGGCCAGAACAUACCUUUACCUGAGGAUAUCAAAUUUGCACAUCCUUGAUCACCUUGCAUAUCUUUUACCUGACUCCUAAACAUGUCUACAAAGAGUGGGGCAGCUUGCUUGAGGCUUGCAAAGUAAUUAAGUUCUGCCACUGCUUGUAUGCCAGCUUAUCCCAGACAUGGCAAAUGGGUAUAAAUAUUUAAAUGUUAAAGAGAUAAUGUUUAUUUCAAUGGUUUGUGAUAGGGACUCCAAUGAUGUCCAUGGUAUAACCUUGUUGACUUAUUCUCCAAGUGUAAAAUAUUCAUAGUGACCCUGACCGAGAGGGAGUGCUCACAGGGAUCCGGUCCAUCCAGUAAUAAAAUUUAUGGUAAAAUGAAUCCCAUUCAUUAAAGGGGUCAUUGUUGCAUUGGGGUUUGCAGAGCUGGUACAGGAAACUGUUUAUUAUCUAUCAGUGGCAGGAGUCUGAUAUGAUGCACACAAUCCAACCACUGGGAACCCAAUAAAAUAGCAAAAGGGACCAAAUUCUGACAGCAACCCAGAGUACCACUGGUCUGUUUGGACACAUGUAAGAUGAGACUAAUUUCCAUUUCCGUACACAUAUCAUGGAAAUAGGAUGAUAGCAAUUUUUAUGUAAGAAAAACAUUACCACAAUUUUUUUUAAAAGUAGCUUUUAAGAGUAGCUGAAUUCUGCAUGCAGCUUGUAACCAUUUUAAGAAGUUUAUAACUUAGUAUAAUGAUUAAUAAUAUAGGACCCCUAUUUUCUAUUCUGACUACCUGAGCCUCCUAGUCACUGCCCCUCUUAACACUAUGUCUGUUUUAAAAAUCUCUGCUUUAAUUUAAUUGAAGGCCAUAUUAAUGUCAUGAAAAUGGUUACUUGAGUAUUAGAGAUAUUGGACUCAAAAAAAACAACUCCAAAAAGUGGUCUCCAAAAACCAAGUGAACCAAUUGAAAUAUUACAAAAUUUACUACACCACUAUUAUUAAUUAUAUAUAUUUUUUAAUUGUCACUAUUAAAAGUCCUAUUUACUGAAUAGAAUCUUUAGUCACCACAAUUAAUAAAUCUUUGUAUACAAUCUUUGUGAUGGGCUGUUUCUGCUUCCCGUUAGCGCAUUUAGCAAGUUCCUCAAUAUGAGAAAUCUUUCUUGUUUUAUUAGACAAAUAAAAGUGAUCCCUAUUUAUUAAUGUGGUCAUUGUAUAUUGUAUUUUUAUCUGCACAUACAUUUGAAAUGGUUCCAUUUAGUCCCCUGAAGCAUUCUAUGAUAUCAUUUUUUCUAAGGUGUGAAUUCCUUUCUGGUAUAUAUGGCGUACAAAGACAAACAUCAAUGCACAGAUGCUGAGGUAAAGUACGUUAUUGUGAUUACUUAUGUCCUGAGCCAGUGCAAAGGCUUUAUAUGCGUCCUUGGUUAUCUUAUAUCUAUCAUUUAAUUUCUCACCCAUUUCUCUCUCUAGUUUCUCCUUUUGUCUUUUUCCCCUUCUAUCUAUCUUUUGCUGCACAUGACUCAGUUCUCAAACUUUGUCAUAUUCCAGCUAUUCCUUUUCCAAUUUCUUUUUUCGUUCUCACUGUCUUUUCAAUCCUAACCAGUAUUUUCCUGUGUUUCUGCGUCAGUCUGCAUGAAUAGAAAGCAAUGUAUUUGAAGGCUGCCUUGCUAGAUCGGUUGUGUGUGUUUGUGGGUUGCUGUUGUGUGUGAAUUUGGGUGGUUGUGGGCUACUGUUAAUGGGAAGGCUGAAUGUGUUGUGUUUGGAUAAGCUGUGUUUUUUAUGUGUUUAAUAUGGGAAGUCUGUGUGCAUGAGUUUUACGUGUUGUGUGUAUGGAGACUUGGUGUUAUUUUUGUGGGGUACGUCAUGCAUUUACGGCUGUGUUGUAUGUGUGUGCACAGGUAGUGUGUUGUGUAUGGAGACUGUUAGGCUAUGUGUGGAGUGGCUGUUUGUGUUUGAGGCUGUAUGUCUGUGUAUGCUAUUUUUUCUGCCUUACCAUGUUUUAUUUUAGUACGAAGAGUAAAAAGUGUUGUUUCCCCCCUCCUCACAUUCUUACAAUGGAUGUGGUGGAUUUAUGAUCCCUAGUGGUGUGGUGGGAUCAUGAUCCUUGCAGCCUGGUAAGUGUGUCAUGUAGUCUGCACUUCCAUGGUUGUAGAGCACUUUUUCUAUUCCUGCACUCCUGAAUUACUAUGUGUUGACCGGGUAACUCGAUGCUCUAAGUGACAAAGAGGCCUAGGACCAAAGGGAAGUGCUUACAGUGAUCCGUGCUGGCCAUAAACUCUUUCAAUACAGUGAGGGAGUGCUGGGCUGCUCAGGUAGUAGGUCCAGCCUUGCUUAAGUCUUUGACGUAUGUUUAAUUAUGGUUCUUUUAUUUAUAAUUUAUUACAUGCUUGUUCUGUUUACAGAUGUAUGAAAUAUUUAGCAUUAUCCGUGAGCUGGGCGCUAUAGCGCAAGUGCAUGCAGAGAAUGGUGACAUCAUCCAAGAGGUAAAAACAUUCUCCAUUUGAUGAAUUUAUUUUUUUUAUUUCCAAUUUGUUCUUUAUUGUUUUCAAGUAACAUCUGAGGUACAGAAGGGAAGGGUAACACCAAAGAUUCAGUUAUUGUACAGUACAUUAUGUAUCAUACACAUUAGAGUUUCGAUGCAUUGUUAGUUACAUUGAGUAUUCAUGACGUUCUUCGGCUAGUACGGGCAACUCUGUUGUCCCCUUUUAACUCGGUCAUUCGAUUCUCAUAGUGUAGAUCUACUGUGUGGAAGGGUACCACUGUCAUGUAUGUCCUAGAGCUAUUUGGGGAGCAUUCUGUAUGGGUUGCUCAAUACAGGUGUUUGAAGUAGUUUAUGCGUCUGUAUGGGCUCUGCGGAGUCUCACAUAGUGUGACUUGUCAAUUACCCCAGGGUUCUAGGGUCCCUGUUCAGUUCUCAGAGCGGUGGAUCUUGCUCUUUAUCGGAGCUUGCCUUUAGCAUACAGGGGAUGAGGGGGGAAAACAAGGGGCAGUUGGAAAGGGAGGAUGGGUAGGUUAUAGUACUGGGGCAUUGAUACGUCUGUGGAGCUCAAAAAGAGUAUCUGUAGUCAUGAUAGGUUACCCUGCAGUGUCUUGCAGGGCGGGUAUGCGCUGUAGGAACUCUGGUUAGGAAUGCCAUUGUGCCUACUCUGUGUGGUUGUCUGAGGUGGAAGCACUAUUUCCUAUCAGGGUGUAGGGGGUCUGGUUGGGUUCCUUGUUGGUAGAUCACAGAUAGGUCCGCCACAUUGUGGCAAUGGUGGGGCUCAAUUUCCCUAUUUUCGUUUGGUUCCACAUGAGGAGUUCAUAUUCUACUGUCGAGGACAUUAUGGUUUCAAUUCCAUGUGGAGAUGGUAAGUCUUCCAGUUUCUGGCUAUUAGCGUUGACAGUGAGCUCAGUAGAAGGAAUAUAAUUUUCCUUAUUGGCUUGGGGAUGUUGUUUGGUAGUAAUCUGAGAAGGAUUAUCUUCGGCUCGUGUGCUAGCUCGUAAUUUAUUUGAUGACUUUAAAGAGAGAUUUUAUCAACUAAUGUCAUGUUUGUAAAAGGGAAACAGCAUGUUUUAUUUAAUAGUGAGUACUUUUGACAAAAAAAAGUAAAUGUUAAUUAUUUAAUAUUUUGAAACAAAAGUGUACAGAAAGGAAAGAACAAAAACAAAUUAUGGGCCAGAAUCCUCAGGUGACAUUACAUAUGGUUCUAUCAUUUAUAUAAUCUGUGAAUUUAUAUUAUUUUUUAAUUCUGCAAAUCUAAGCCUGCCGUGGCUGCUACAAUCUCUGGCCUCAUUAAUGCAAUUUACCAGUUGGGUUGUACUACUAAUUAGUAUCAAUGAUGGAUGUGCACAAACUUGUGUACGAUGAAAGAAAACAAUAUCAGUCAAUAGUCUUUAUAAUUAAGGCCGAAAUCGCAGCUGCUGAAAAAAAACAAACAAACAAAAAACUCCACUAAAUAGGAGACUUUUUGUAAAUCCUGAAAGUGUAUCUUAGAGUUUGCAAGUAAUUUCUCACACCAACAGAAAUUGUUUUUUGUUGAAUAAAGUCCAUUAUGGAUACCUGGGUUUUGAAGUUCAAGAAACUGGUGGGCAGGUCUAUGUUUAGGAUAGUAACUGUGUCAGUAGGUGAAAGGUACAGUAAUAUGAGAAUUAGACUUCAAUGAAGAACAUUUUUAUUUUCCUUUUGUAAAAGCGGAGUAUGUGAGUGGAAUGAAUGCUGUAUGUGAGCGAGAGGACCAGCGUGAUUAUGGGAGCAAGUGAGUUUGAGUGACUGUUGGAUGUGUAAGAGGGUAAGGUCAGGUAAAUUCUGUAGGACAAGAAGAACAAUAAGUCGUGUCUGAAGAGGUAGGCUUUAGAAGAGCGAGCAGAAGAUCCAUGUAGGAUUGUGAAAGGAGGUUAACUACCAAAAUCCAGCGAGGUGGACAGCAGCUAUUAUGGAUCCAGGAUGCCUGAGAUAUACUGUGGAGAAGAGCACCAACACCCGCACAAAGAGAGAGCAGGAAGGGUCUUGGGGACUCAUGACACUGCCAUCCUUGUGACCUGGUAGAGUGAAUGGGUUCUACAGUUUUUUCCUUAACUAAAUGUGCUAUGUUCCUAAUGAGCAUAUAACCUACUGGUAACUAUCCAGAAGAUGCAAGGUGGACUUACUAACAGCAAGUGACUAUUUUACUCUAAUCUUCAGUUCAGAUGGUUUCAGUUCAGACAUUAAGAAACAUAGCAUCCUCUUUCAUCAAGCCAUUGGAGUACAAGAUAGCCCAUGAAAACCGUUCAAAGCACAUCAUUCAUUGCAGCCAACACCUUGGUCAUUUCUGAGAUGGCAACGAUUCUUAAUGUAGUAGAGUUUAUGUGACCAUUGAGUUUUUCAUAGAGAGGUGGGAAGUGACCUGAAGUUAAUAUAUACUGGCCUCACGCUCUCCUCAUAAACUGUUAUUCUGGUCCAGUAUACACUUGGUUAAUGUGCCUGCUAGCGAGUUAAAGGACCACUAUAGUGCCAGGAAAACAUACUCGUUUUCCUGGCACUAUAGUGCCCUGAGGGUGCCCCCACCCUCAGGGUCCCCCUCCCGCCCGGCUCUGGAAGGGGGCAAGGGGUAAAAACUUACCUUUUUCCAGCGCUGGGCGGAGAGCUCUCCUCCUCCUCCGCCUCGGUUGAAUGCGCGGCAAGAGCUGCGCAUUCCCGGUCUCAUAGGAAAGCAUUUACAAUGCUUUCCCUAUGGACGCGUGCUCUCACUGUGAUUUUCACAGUGAGAAGACGCAAGCGCUCUAGUGUCAAUGAGACAGCCACUAGAGAAGGCUUAACCCAUUCAUAUAGCAGUUUCUCUGAAACUGCUAUAAUUAUGAAAAAAUGGGUUAACCCUAGAAGGACCUGGCACCCAGACCACUUCAUUAAGCUGAAGUGGUCUGGGUGCCUAGAGUGGUCCUUUAACACAUAUCUUUUACCAUAAUUAUCAUCAAUAGUGUCAUCUCCCCUGUGUUGGGUUGGUGUAGGUGUUGUAGCUGGUACAUUACUAAGUGUAGUAUUAUACUAGUUGCAAAGGUGUAACUAGACCAGUACAGUGCCUGGAACAACAAGAGUUUUAAACCGAUAAAUUGUAGCAGUCCUUUGUUUUGUGAAAUAGAUUCUUGCAGGUUAAUUUAAUUAGAGUACAUGUUAAUCAUACAGCAUGUGGUAUGCUGUAAUGUAUAUUGCAUAGAUUGGGUGUGAGUAGUGGCUGGAGAAAUGCUGCAUUGGUGUGGGGGAUGGCUGGAGCCCAGAGUUGGGUCCAGAAAGCAUUGAGUCUGAUUUUGGCACAAUGAUAUUGUUUGCCCUGAGUCCUAUGUAAUAAUUAGAAAGAUAUAAAAGCAAAACUUAUAUUAAUGCUCCAUAUUUUGAGUGUAGUGUUUAUAAAUAUUCGUUUACAUCGUAUUCUUAAUUCAUUAACAUGUUUAGAUGUGGAGCUAGGGAAUGGGGCGCUAGUAAAUAUAUGUGGGAGGGGCUACCUAGCAAUGCCCCUGAAUGGCAGGAUAGGUACCUAGUACUUAACCAGUGCAUAUACAGUAAAUUAACACAUUUCAAUAUGUUUAAUAUUACAGAUCAUUUUCAAGAUUCAUUAAUAAUGCAAUAUUUUUUGGACUUCUGCUUACUUUGUAAAAUGAAAUUUAGAGUUAACCUUGAUACUUAAUACUUGUUAAUAAUGUUUCCUCUGCAAAUUUAACUCUUUUUUUUUUUUUCCUAUGGAAUUUAUUUAUUUAUUUAUUUUUAUGUUACACAGGAACAAAAGCGUCUGUUAGAGCUCGGGAUCACUGGACCAGAAGGCCAUGUUCUAAGCCACCCAGAGGAGGUAAUAAACUCAUUGUGCAUGUUCUCACUUCCAGACUUUCUGUUUUAACGAUUCUGUCAGUGCUUGAUUAAUACUGCGUUUGACAUAUUGCUUGUUACACUAGGUAGAAUCGGAGGCAACUUACCGUGCAAUAACGAUUGCAAAGCAAGCCAACUGCCCCUUGUAUAUCACCAAAGUCAUGAGCAAAGGAGCUGCAGAUGUGAUUGCCCAAGCGAAGAGAAAAGGUAAAGAAAACCGAAAAAAAACACAAUAAUUAAAAAAGCUAUUUUAGCAUUAAACUUCUCUCAAACAGGGGUGGAGAUCUUUAACCGUGAAAUGUAUUCUGUGUAUAUUUCAACGGUUCACACCACUGCCUUUUUCUCUGGUCAUUGGGGCAGAAAAUCUCAAUCUGAAUUAGCUGUUAAAGUCACUCUGCGUUAUCUUCAUCAAAUACAUAGCCACACAAAAGCCUUAGACUUUGUUUACAAUUCUUCUGAUUUAUUGCACAUAAUUGUGUUUUAUGUUCAUUUUCUUUCUUAAAUGAAUCUACCUGUCAUUUUGUUUCAAGAUCUAAUUUUGUGCUCCAUUAUGACUGGCAUUUUGCUUCUGAUUAUUUAGAAUCUUGAUCUUGGCUGUUUAAUAUGUUGUUGUGACUUUAUAUUAGACGUUUUGUUAUGUUGCAUCCAUAUGUUCAUGUUGGGUUAGGGGUAGUCAGUCAUUGAAAUUAUUAUAUGCAUUUAUUACAUGCCCUGCUUAUUAUUUCAUGCUUGUUCCGAUUUGCCUGUGAUUAAUGGGAGUUAAACUCUCGAAUGGCAGCUUCUGACAUUUUAAUAAUGGUAGCUGCUACCCAGGACUGCAACUCCCACUGCAACUCAAGUACUGGUGUUAUAUGUAUGUCCUGGUGCUGCCUGUACAAUAUUCUCUACACUAAAAUAUUGCUCUACACUGUCACUUAAAUAUUAACCCCUACAUCUACAGUAUCACUAAACAUUAAAGGAACACGUUUGGCAGCAUAACAAUGUCUUUGGAAUUAAGUUGUUAUGGUGCCACCAGGACCCUAGCUUCAGUAUCCAGUGCCCUUUUGCUCUGCCCCCUGUUUUCUGGUGCUCAGAUUAUUUUUAAAAAAUUGUUAAAGGUUUGGUACUUUUUUCUAAAACAAAGUAUUCCAGAAUUCAACUAGAUAUUAUGGGUCAUGAUAAUGUGUGGGACCUUCUGAUAAUGGCCAGUUGUUCUCUUUGUUAAUAAAAUAGGUACAGUCGUAGAGAAGUGACAGUAUUUUCCUUGCCAGGUGCUGUUAUAUAUGGGGAGGUGAUUACAGCUGGUCUUGGCACCGAUGGAACUCACUACUGGAGUAAGAAUUGGGCAAAGGCUGCAGCAUUUGUUACAUCCCCUCCUAUUAGCACCGAACCCACAACUCCAGAUUACCUCAAUACAUUAUUAUCCUGGUAUGUAUGUAACUGCACAGACGGUAUUAAGUUUGAAGAUAGUUGAACAACUUCUGUUGUUGGACUAAUUCAUCUCAUCCUCAAGUGUUACCAUAUUCACUGUAUGGUACUGGGCUUUGAUAGCUGCAGGGGUUUUGAUAGCUUAUUUAACUAAGGUCAGCGUUUACAGGGUUAUUCAAUAAAUUGAGAAUUGCUAGUAAAUCAAAGUAAAUUCAAAGAGAAUUUCAAAAUGUAGGCCAGAAAAUCCAAAUUGGAAAAAGUCUCUGUUUUGUGUUUUAAAUUUGAAAUUCACUUCAAAUUCUCACUUUAUUAAAUAUCCUCUUAGAAAUCACUACCAGUAGUAUGUAGCUACUAUUGGCUCUGCAGUCAGCCUGAUUGCACAGAAGAUAGUCAUUAGUGCUUUCAACUCACCAUUCCUCACUAGAAUCAAAACAAACAAAAGGAUAUCUUACAUUCACUCAAAUUAAUAUAUGCAUGUGAUGUGCUUGCACAUAUCCUACACUCAUGUUAAUAAGCAUUCAAAUCUCUCCAUGAUGACCACCGAUGACAGCCGUUUCCUAGUAAAUUACAAUGUGGGCUCUGGAAUGUCCUUGGAGUGUGUAUAUACAAGCAUAAAAAGGAAGAGAAAUAGAAAUAUAGUGAAGUACGAGCAAAAUACAGUAAGGUAAGGGUAAAUAAAAUGAUAUGCACUCACACUUUAUAGGAGCUGAGGUGAGGCUCUAACUUAGAUGCUUGGGUGGAAUAAUCCCCACCUGAGGAUAUAGUGGAGCACAGACUCUAUAGGGGAUCUGUAGAUGCAGCUUCUCUUGCAGGUAUGUAGGAGCUAUCAGAGCUAUAAAGUGCAAUAUGCUAGACUCAAUAUUAAAAUAUAUCGCUAUAAAAAAUGUGCACUCACAUGUUCUGGAGCCUAGAGAGUGGCGUGAAGUGGUAUGAUCCCCACUCUAGGAUAUAGGUGCUGGUGGUCUCUCAUACGAUUAUAUAAGUAAAAGAGAAAAUAAAACCACAACACUAUAGACUGUAAAAAGUGAUGAAUAAAUGAAAUAGAAAAAAACUACUCACAUUUAAUAGAGCAAAUAGGGAUUGCUCUGUCCAAUAGGCUUAGGUGGUAUUAUCACCACCAAGGAUAUGGAGUCCAGAAAUCCAGCAGCAAACAGGUCCACUAAAAAAGUACUUUUAUUGAUAAAAAACAAAAAUAAUUACAUCAGACUAUUCCAGUAAAUUGUAUUACCUGAUAUUUGUGUUUGUAAAUAUCUAAGAGCUAAGUUGAAAAAGUGGGGUAAAAGUGGCAGCAGCAACAUCCGAUUGAUUGCUAUGAUGACUGCUCCACUAUUAGAGCUUUGUCACCGAUUAGUCUUUAAAAAUAUCUCUCUUAGAGCUUGUUUCCAUGCUUGUUGAUAUAAAAAGGAUCUGUUAAACAUUGGAAUUAUCAAUAGUCAAUAGAUGUUUGCAGCUUAAAAAAAAUACCAAAAGGUUUCCACGACCAACACUUGUGUUGAAUGUCUACCUGAACAGCACAUUAACCUCCACUUAUACUGGCCACUGCUUAUUUUUACGUAUAUCAAGAAAAAGGAGCAUUUAAUAUGUAUUGAAAAUGUCACAGCCUGUGCUUAAAGCUAAGCUUCACUUAAAUGUACUGAAAUAUAGGAUAAAUGUAUUUUUUGUUCGAGAUGUGACAAGAGCUUGCAGUUAUUUGUUUAAUAAAUUUACACCUAGAGACAGGUUUCAUGUUUAGUCUGAUAGAGACAAGUAGUCAUCUUUACUAUCUUGCAUGGAAGCCAGGUGCUACUUAGCAUUCAGCGCUCCUAUUAAUUUAAAUGUGGAUAUACCAUUUUUCAGCAGGCUCCAAUUACCAGUUGUAGCAUGGAAAUAACUGGUAAUCGCUCAUGAUAGCAACAUCCAUUUUAGCAAUUACUGACUUGACGCUAAAUAAUUGUGACAAGCAUGGAAAGAAACAUCUAAGGUCUUUGUGCCCCCUUUUAGUCUGAUCUUUCAUGACAGAGUGGAUCUGUUAUUGCAGUGAAAAUCCAAAUCGAAUUAAGAUGACAAGUGUUGACAUCUUUAUCCGUUCAUUUUUAUAGUGUUGAUUUUAGAUUAAAUGAUAUUUUGUUUCAUUAUACAUAUGGCUAUGGUAGGUGUUUAUUAUUAUUGUAUUGCUGUAAGUGCUCUCCCUUUUUGAGCAAUGGUUGCUUAAUGCAGCUUUACAUGUGUUCCUACCUCAGUUUAAAGAAGUACUCCAAGCACCAUAAACCCUACAAUCCACUGAAGUUGAGAUGGUGCCAGGACAAUCUUGGCACCAUGAACAAGUCAGUAGUAAAACCAUUUAAGAACAGUUUGACAACUUACCUGGGUCUCUCCCAGUGUCCACCACUGCCUCCUCUACUGCAACUGGAAGCCCAUGAAAAAGGAGCUACCCUUUUUUUCUUGCAUUGCAACACUCUUUGCCUUAAAAUGCUCUGUUUUUGAAGGAUUUCACUGCUUAUUCUGAGAGCCCCCACUAGGCAGGAUACUGGUUUGGAGCCCUCUACUUCAUUCUUCACCAUGGGAUAAGGAAUGGGGCCAAGCUUAUUCAUGGUUCUUGGCCCCUUUUGGACCUCUGGUCGCUAGACAGCUUCCUUAGUCACGUUAUGGUUAAAUCCACCUUGUUUUUAAGUGUAACAUGGCUUUUAGACUCCUGGUUGGGGUAUUACAGCUCCUUUUUGUGGACACAUCUAGAAAUGCAGGUGUCUAAAAAAAAGCUUAUUUUGCCAAAACUGUCCUAAACAAUAAAACCAUCUAUGACAUCUUGAACACUGUCAGAAUGAUCUGCUAUAGUCUCAAUUUUUGUUUAUUAAUUUUAGGUUGCAAACUGAAGCUAAAAUAACUGAUAUGGAGAAUAUUCGUAAAUUUUGCUACAGUAACAACCUGGCCGUUUUAUCCUCCAUUUUGCAAUUCAGAUUUCAUUCACUAAAACUCAGUUUAGUAAAUAGACCCUUUAAUGUAUGCCAAGUAUCAAACCAGAUAUUUGUUUUAGACGUGGUAAAGAAACGCCUUCAACUAAUAAAGAUGUUGGAAUUUUGCCUCCUUUAUUUCAUCACUUGCAAUCUUACCUCCAGAUAUGAUGUACGGAAUUAAUAUGUUAAUUAGCUAUAGGAUUCUUCUACAGUGAUCUUACCCAUAAAUGUAUUUGCUCUCAUCUAAUUCACUAUGUUGUUUCAUGCAGUGGUGACCUGCAGGUUAGUGGGAGCUCCCACUGCACGUUCACCACAGCCCAGAAAGCUGUUGGGAAGGACAACUUCACUUUAAUACCAGAAGGAACAAAUGGAAUUGAAGAAAGGAUGUCGAUUAUUUGGGAAAAGUGUGUGGUAAGUUACAAUGUCAAUACCAGUUUGCAGAGUGCUGUUUUGCAUAGUGUUUCGUUGUUUAACCAUUUGUUAAAGUACUGCAUUUAAAAAAAAAAAAAACAUUACGGGAAGCAAUGGGUUAAAAACAUUUCUGUUGGUGUUGGUGUAUUUUUCUUCAGAGUAAAUGCUGUUGAAAUGCUUAUUAGGAUGAGGUGCUCUGUAAAUGUGAAACAAACUUGCACCCACUGGGGGGGGCGGAGCCUGGCAGCCAUGCCGUGCAGUCGCAUACAACAGGGACUCCCAGGCAAAAACCUAAAAGAAGCUGAAAUAAUCGAGAAAAAGCCCUAAAACGUGCUUACACAACAGUCCCAGCCUAAGGGGCACCCCAAAGAGGCAACAAUAGCCAGAAGACCCAACGGCAGGCGACAGUCUAUAACCGGGUUUCGACCUGAGGCCUACGGAGGGCCUGAACAAGCAACACGAGGGAGGCGGCCGACCCCUCUACAACAGCAGCCUUCUCGGCUAGAGGUCUCCCCGGAUGAUUUUACCUCCCCCCCAUGCCGGCGGGGUUCAUCCCGGCAAACACAAGCAACGACCUAGCACCAGGGAGCCAACCCGGCCCUACAUGCACAGCAGAACGCCAUGUGCUGCCCAGCGACCAGCAACAUAAAGCCCCCACUAGAGGAGAGGAUUGACUGCCUACUGGAGGCUUUCUGGGCCACGCACGCCCUCCGCAGGGUCACCUCUGAGGCGAGGUCACCUGCAGGGCUCCCACAAGAUCUGGCACAGCAUGCAGUAACACCCAGACAGAGCCAUGGAGCAGCCCAAAUCAUGGGGAGGAGCAGGCGGGUAAUCCAGCGGAAACAUAAAACUCGCCACCGUGAAACUACUCAAACUAAACGCCGCUACACCCUCAAGCAUCAGCCCACUCAGAAGGUACCCCCUGCAGGCACCCAGACGGGUCCAACAGCUACCACGCUGCCCAAAAGACUAUGCCAUGCAGAAGGACCCGCAACACUCCACAGCUGCGCAACAGCACCUGGUCCAUGGAGGUCCAGCGAGAGAGGGGCCUGGCAGGGAGACAUCGCCAAUGACCUGCACAGUGGCCAUCAUGCCAGCAAUGACCCGGACUUAACAACAGUAACAGUGAGCUCCAUAUUGCGUAGUAUAUGGAACUACAAGUGCCAAUGCUUUACAUAAUUAAAUAUUGGUUAACCCCUACUGUCCUAGCCCAUAGUGUAACUAACCUCCUGACACCAGCCUAACCCCAGGACGGACUGAGCAGAACCCUAAGAGGCCAUAAGCCAGCAGAAACUCAGCUGAUAUACCAUGGUCAGGCAAUAAGCACUGUUAUAACUGUGUUGUUUCUAGUUAUGAUACGCUACACCACAACUGCUGUCUCACAAAUAUUCGCGACAAUCCUUUCACCCCUCCGUGGUUAAUUAAGUAUGUUUAAUCAAACUUAUGAGCACAUUUACCUUACGUACACUUGUAACAUAUCUGAUACUCUCCCUGUGCCACGCUCGUCACUUAUCUCAGCAUACGAUUACCUAGCAUGUUUGUUACCCUAUAUUUUAAAACAAAAAUGUGCAGUUUUCCUCAUGACAUUUUGUUUCCUAACUCAGAAUCUGUAUUCAAAUGUUUUUGCAUUGUACCAAAUGUCAUGGUCAAUACGUGUAUACUCAUCAAACUUCAAAAAAAUAAAUAAAUAAAUAAAUAAAAAUUUAAAAACAAACUUGCACCCACUGCACAUUCCCUUAUUUUCCGUGCAAUCAAAACCUUUGGAAUCAUGGGGUAUCUUGGAUUAUCCAUUGAACACCAUGGGGUGGCAUCAUAGCCUAGACCAGGGAUAAGCAACCUUCGGCACUCCAGAUGUUGUGGACUACAUCCUCAUAAUGCUCAUACACCCAUAAUGCUGGCAAAGCAUCAUGGGAGGUGUAGUCCACAUCUGGAGUGCCGAAAGUUGCCUAUGCCUGGCUUAGACUUUAGUAGAAUUCCAAAUGUAAAAGAUGUAGGGAUCCUUUUUUAAAAAACCAACAACAUUUAGAACCAGAGUUAUUUGCAAGCAUUGCUUUCAGGAGUUUGAUAUGACUUUACAUACAAGUAUAUUAGAUACAUUAAAUUCACAAAUGGAAUUAACAUUCCAGCACCAUUGUAACGGAUCCCCUAUACUCUUGCUGAGUAUAUCUGCUGUAGUUCAAAUCCCCAGUGAAGCAGUGAUUGUAGCUCCCAAUUCCCCAAAGAUCAGCCAAGACUUGAUGAGCAAUUAGUAGAGAGAUCCUAGCAGCAAACCCCAGCGAUGAGGUUCCACCCUAAUUUAAUUUUAAUUUUUUUGUAAAUCUGUUUUUGAGGUACCGCAGGUAAUUAAUUGAGGCACGCAGGCCUAUGUAUACAAACAACAAGACAUAAAGUGUAUACAUUUUCAAUUGGUUCACAUAAACUGUAGACAUUAACAUUAGUCUCAGUGUAUUGGCAAACAUAUAGUUAGCUUCGUCUCAUAUGUGAUCAAUGACAGCCAUAAGUCAGCGUAAAGAUCAGAGUUGUGUCCAAUGCAUCUGUUGAGUAUGUUAAAUUUUUCCUGGGUAUAGGUUACUCUCAGGUGUCAAUACGAGUUAGGUUCUCUUUUCCCUCAAUUUCGGGGUAUGCACCGGUUGGUACCUCUUAGGAAGGUAAGGGGAUAUGUGUGUGAAUAGUAGAAUAAAUAUAGGGAAGGGUGGUGAGGGUAGUUGCCACCCCAUUGGUGUUUCUGUUGCGGGUCAUUUUUUGUGGUAUGUGGCUGUUCUUUUCCCUGGGGAGCAUCAGGUACCCCUGUAUGGCCACUGUUGUGGGUGUCCCUCAGUGUAAAGGGUGUCACGUGAGUGGCUUACUACUGACGGUCUUAUUGGGUGUAUUACGUUUGUCAUAGGUUUAGAUUGGUACUUGGGUACCCUAUCCCCCCAGGCGUUUACCUUGCAGUGAGCCGCGGGGUGGUCGUGAAUCCUACUGUUCGGGACGGAACAGAUGGUAUAUGGCAGAUGUGUUUUGCGACCUGCUUUUGAGACCCUGUGUGGUUUGUCACAGUGGGUAGCUUAUGAGUGUCGUGUGUUCUAUGUGAUGUCUGAAAACUGAUUGUAGAAUGACCUUGCAUGUGUCCUAAUGUAGUUUCUCCUCCCGGGACCCCCCCACCCUCUUGGUUGUAUCAAUGUGGUGUCAUAGAGUGUUCUCAGGGGUCUCUACUAUAUGAAGAAAGUCCAAUGAUGCGGAACGCCUCUGCCACCUAGAUGUCCUCAACCCUUUGACUCCAUUCCCCCGUGUGGGGAUUUCAGUCCUCUUCCAGUAAACUGGCACAAGGGACUUGGUAGCGUUUACUAGGUGUCCGAGCACCAAUGGAACGGGAACGAUGUGCUGAGGUUGAUAUAUUCUUCCAUCAGGAGGGAGACGUUCAGCACUUCACUAUUUGGAAGAUUGAGUUUAAACCCUGAUAUCCGGCUGAAGUGUUCAAACUCCGAGAGCAAGCUGGGCAUUGUAAUCCUAGCGUUUGAUACAAAGAAUAGGAGACCAUACGCCACCACUUUGUGUUCCGUGUCUCCCCAGGAGUAUCCUGUGAUGUCAGGGUUCUGUCAGAUCGAUUGGAGCAGCGGUUCUAGGGACAUAGCAAAUAGAAGUGGGGACAGAGGGCACCCCUGCCUGGUUCUAUUGGCGAUCCCGAAGCUAGAGGUCAGUGCCCCAUUCACUCUUACUGUUGCCCGUGGCGAAUCGUAAAAGGCCGAGAUCCAAGCGAGGGCCCGCCCUCCCUAUCCCAUUCCCCUCAGAGUUUGUGCUAUCACGUGCCUCUCGGCUAGGAAUGAAACCAGUUUAAUCAGCGUGGAUCAAACUUGGCAAUACCCGUUGUAUUCUGGUUGCCAACACUUUCGUGAAGAGUUUGGUGUCCACGUUUAGUUGGUGAGAUCGGGCGGUAGCUGCCGCAGUGUACUGGGUCCUUCCCAGGCUUGAGCAAGACCGUGAUGGUAGCAGCCAUUGAUCCGAAGCGUUCUCCUUCUGCUACGGAGGGUCCCUGCAAAGUGUUUGUAGACCCUAACUUCAUUUUAAAGAGGCUGGAUGGACCACACAGUAUUCGAAUAAGAAAUGAAAUAAGAAAUGUGCAUAUGUUUGUCUGUGUGUAUAUGAGUCUCACAUUAUAUUAAUGUGUAUGUGUGUGUAUGUGAUUUGAGCUAAAUAUGUAUUUGAGUGUGUAUUAGCUUGUGUGUGUAUAUUAAUUGAAGUGUAUAUUAGUUGUUGUGUAUCAGUGUGUGUGUGUGUGUGUAUGGGUCUGUGUAUGUGUAUCUGUAUAAAUGUGAGCAUAAUUUCCCUAACAUGUUGUGGGGAUGGGGAGGGUGCAGAGUGAGACACAGAAAUAAAUUCUACAUCUUGGGAAGGAGCUGGGUGCCAAUAUAUAUAUUUUCGUCCUGGUUGCUAUGUACACCUCUGCGACAGGGUCGGAUUAAGAGCCUAUUGGACCUAGUGCUGACAUUGAUAACAUGCCUAAUUACAGAAUCUUAUUGACCGAAAAAACUACCUCUCAAAUGUCUUGUAUCUGGUGGAGGUAGUGCUGAGAGAAACUCACAGGAUGCAUUUAUUAGAUACCCUAUGCUAAUUUCUCGCUUUAAUCACUCAUCUAAAUCCAUACCCCUCAGGGUAAAAGGAGGUGGGCCAGUGACUCGAAUCACGCCACUGUCCAAUUGGGAGUUCCCACCUGGCAUGGGGGUGGGUCUGCCAGAUGAUUUAAAAGGUCAGCUGACAUGAUUCCAUGCCAUCUUGCCUGCCAAUCAUGCAGGUUAGCCUACUGAAGACUGACUAUGAAGACAGUGCAGAGCUUGGCGAAAAGGAAUCCUAUUACGCACUUGCUCUAUGCUUUCUAGGACCGUUCCCUGUUGUCCCUGAGCAUUUGCGUGUCCCCUCCUCUCCUUCCCUUCUUGCUAGCAGGCAGCAGCUCCUGGCAAGAAAAGAUGCGGGACAGCACCCCAAAAUUGGCACCAUCACGCCAAAAGCGAGUCAGUUGGUGGACAUGUGAUGGGCCUGGAGCCUUUAGCCCCCCUAUGUUAAUCCAGCUCUGCUCUGCAUGUGAGUCACAGUCAACAGAACUCAUGAAUAGGGUUCCAUAACAGAAAAGAAAGUGAUUUACCUUCUAAAUGGCAGAGCAUUGAGCAGUGAUACUGCAUAGAAACAUAGAAUGUGACGGCAGAUAAGAACCAUUCGGCCCAUCUAGUCUGCCCAAUUUUCUAAAUACUUUCAUUAGUCCCUGGCCUUAUCUUAUAGUUAGGAUAGCCUUAUGCCUAUCCCACGCAUGCUUAAACUCCUUUACUGUGUUAACCCCUACCACUUCAGCUGGAAGGUUAUUCCAUGCAUCCACUACCCUCUCAGUAAAGUAAUACUGCAUGUAUACACUAAAAUGGCUUCAUCAAGUAAAAACUAUUUGGGUGUCCCUUUAAUACCUUCACCUACAGGAUGUUCUGGAGCAUUAUAGACACAGAAAAGCAGAUCAAGAUCAAAGAAAGAUAACUAUCAGCUGAUGACAAUCGAAUUGUCUGUGACAAAAACUUUCUGUCGGCAAUCAAGUACACAAACAAAACAUUUUGGGGAAUUUAAAAAAAGUUCAAUUAUCUCCCAUGGAUAAAUGUAAAUUACAUUCAAUUGUCAUAUCUCAUUAAACUUGCAAUCAAGUGCAUAACAUUAUUUUAAAAAUUAAAAAGGCCACAAAGACGAUUUGUCCCUAUUAUAUUCUGUAACUUUUUCAAACCGAAGUUUAAAGAGUGUUUGUUUGUUUCUUUAGUGUUUAUGUGUGGAUGAAUGUAAUAUUUGAGAUUCUUUUCUCGGCACACUGUUUAUACCACGUGAGGAUUGAUGAAAUUAAUGCAUUCUAUUCUUUGUUUUCCUUUUCAGACUUCUGGUAAGAUGGAUGAAAAUGAAUUUGUGUCCGUGACAAGUACAAAUGCAGCGAAGAUAUUUAACUUAUAUCCCAGGAAAGGUAGAAUUGCAACAGGUUCUGAUGCAGAUUUGGUUAUCUGGAAUCCAAAAACAGUGAAAAUAAUUUCUGCAAAGACUCAUAAUCUGGUAAGAAAUAAUUCUACUACCUAUAAAAGUGCAUGAGUUGCUACAAAAAAUAAAUAAAAUAUGAGUAGAUGAUUGCAGUAAUAACUUUAUAAAACUAUAGUCCAGAGUAGCCAACUUUCGGCACUCCAGAUGUUGUGGACUAUAUCUCCCAUGAUGCUUUGCCAACAUUAUGGCUGUACGAGCAUUAUUGGAGAUGUUGUCCACAACAUCUGAAGUGCCAAAGGUUGCCUACCCCUGAAUUAAACUGUCACAUAACACAUCUUAUGGACUAAUAGGAGCUACAUUAUACUUCAAGCAGACAGACUCACACAAUCUAGUUUUUGUUGUGUUCAUAGAACUCAGUAAUCCAUAGUUUACCUUCUUAGUAAAAAAGAUUAUUUAUUUUGGUUAGGAUCAACUUGUCUUGAUGUUUUCACAGCUUUCCACAUUUCAUACAGUUUGUUUGCUUUUUUGUGAGGUGUCUAUUUUAUUUCCUCCUGAUAUUACCCAAACUCACAUAGGUCAAUCCUUGCAGUUGUCUACCCAAACUCACUUAGGUUAAUCCUUGCAGUUGUCUACCCAAACUCACUUAGGUCAAUCCUUGCAGUUGUCUACCCAAACUCGCUUAGGUUAAUCCUUGCAGUUGUCUCAAGCUGUUUUGUCCAGUCCUUCUCACUACUCAUCACUUCUAGUCAUCACAUCUAUUUAAUUUAAAAAAAUAUUACAUUAACUUAUUUUUUAGUCUGUAGAGUUCAACAUCUUCGAAGGGAUGGAAUGUCACGGUGAACCAGAAGUUGUUAUCAGCCAGGGACGAAUUGUACUAGAAGGUGGAAAUCUCCAUGUCAGUCAAGGUUCUGGACGCUUCAUUCCUCGCAAAACUUUCCCUGAUUAUGUAUAUAAAAGGAUUAAAGCCAGAAAUAGGGUAAGGGCAUCUGUAAUUUGAGUAUCAUUCCAUUUCUUUAAUGUCAGUGAUGUGACCGUAUACCUAUACAUAUAUAAUAUAAAAUACGACUCGUCUACCUAAUUUAAAAAAUAUUAUAGUAACAAUUAUUAUAAAAAGUUAAAGAUAAAGAAUAAAACACAGUAACAUAAUAUACAAUACACAAACUAUCCAGAGCAACAUACACUAUUUAAUGACUCUCACAUACUAUAAAAAUUAGUUCAAUCUUCAAUUAUUUCUCACAGAUGAGAUAUCAUGCAGAAUUCUUUACGUCAUGCCCUGUGACACCAUCAAAGUUCUCUACAUUAUCUUUAUUAUACAUUAGCACUAUAUCAUUGAUAAUAAUUACAAUUUGCUCAAAUCAUUCAUGCAACAAAAUAGUUUUAAAAUUUAAAACAAAAAGCGCUUCAACCAAAAAAAACAUAAUUGAACAAAUAUUUGCCAUCAAUUUAUUUCUUACCCUCUCUUUCUAACUCACACCAAAUGUCCAACAAUUAUACUCUACAAGGGUGGAGUGAUUUAUGUAUAGUAUAUUUCGUACACAAUCUUGAGGCGAUCAUACACAAUUAAUAAAACAUCUCAAACAUUCAUAGAAUAGUUCACUAAAAUUGUGUGUCAACGAAAAAUUUCACACUUUGUGUUAAAGUGCAGAAAAAGUAUUUUUUGCCCCCCCAAACUCAUUGUUUGUUCCCUUUUUCUUGUCUUUUAUAUCCUCUUGUUUGCUCACUUUCUUUUAGUCUAGUAUUCUAUUUAAAAUAAAAUUCAUGGUAUGCGUGAUAUGUCAAAUAUUCCUUUGAGCUACUUUGUUGAUAUAAAAUUCCUUAUCGUCAAAAAAAAAAUUGCUUCUGAAUUGAUCUUACCCGUAGACUCUACAGGUAAAAUAUUUCAUAAUAAAUUUAACGAUCAACAAGAAUUUUGUUUGAACGGACCACCUCAAAAAUGUUUUUGCACAAUUCAAAUACCGUCAUUUCUAAUAUGUUCUCUUUGGUCUUCUCACACAUAAUCUCUGCAACACACUGCCUCUACACAGUGCUUUGCAUCUGACAAAUUCAAUGUGAUAGGUACAACAGCCCUGCAGCCUUAGCGACCCAGCAUAAUCACAAUGUAUUAGAGUUAGUCUUCUAACUAGAUACAUUUGUUUUUUGUCUUAAUUUAAAGUUGCAGCCCUAUUUAAAAUUACAGUAGAGGAAAUUCUAUUUAUAACAUGGAUUCGGGGCUAGACAUGCCCUAAAGGUAAACUGACUAUUUUGCUCACAGAAGACCUUCUCAGACUGCACGAAGUCUAUUAAAAACGCGGCUUCAUAGACAUCCGUUCAUUGACUUCUAUGUAGAAAGUACAUAUCAAUCAAAUGCUAAUGCAUUUAUUUAGAAUUCUACAGUCGCUUGGUUAAUCUUCCUGUCUGAACUACUGUUCAUUUGCUUGAGGAAAAGUUAACGUGUCUUUAUUGGACAUUAGGUUUUUAGCCAUUUACAGUAAUCCAGUUGUUUGUCAAUGUUGCAUCCUGCACCCUGUUACAAAUUUUCAGAGUGCACAAAUAUUACAGCCUGGAUGUUUUGGCACAAAGACAAUCUAAAUUCAGUUCAAACUGUUUGAGCACAAUACAUUCAUUUCAAAUAAUGAGAGUUUAGCAUGAUCUCAUAAUUUUUCCAUUUUUUUUUAAAUGUAUUUUUUGUCACAUCUACUGUAUGUGAGAAAAUAAAUGCAUCUUUGUGUUUAAAUUAACAUUUCAGACCAUGUGUGAAAUAUUGCAAGGUAAUGGGUACUAAAGCAUUUAAUUUUCCAAAUAUUUUUUAUGAAGAUUGAACUAAUAAGUGAAAAAUAAAAUAUGUAUAAAUUGACAUCACUUUAAUUUUUACAUUUGUGUGCAAAGCUAUCUGUACACAAAACUGAUGUACAGUAUUAUGAAACGUUUGUAUGCUAGCUAUGCAUCUCUUGCUUUAAAUACAUGUUAUGUUAUUUAUCAAUCAAUCAAAAAGUGCUCGUUAGUGAAGAGGUUAAUAACUAAAGCUGGGUAUGGUAGGAUCAGAUAUUCAGAAUAGAUACCAGGGCUAUUGGAUAAUUGCGUGAUUGUCAUAUGUAUAAAUAUGUCUACAUCUAUUAAUUUAUUUUUUUAAAAAUGAAAACAAAAAAUAAUUCUUGUCUUAUGCAGUUGGCUGAGGUGCGUGGUGUUCCAAGGGGUCUGUAUGACGGUCCAGUCUAUGACAUUCCAGUGACUGCUAAAUCUUCAGCACCAACACCUACCUCAAGGAUAGCUCCUUGUCUUGGGAAAAUACAAAUGGCACCAGUUCGGAACUUGCAUCGAUCCGGGUUCAGUUUGUCUGGUGAGAUUUUAGGGGCUGCAUUACCACUGUUACUUGUAAUCACAAAUUGCGUAUUAUCAAUACAUGUUAGUGUUCUAAAUUAGAACAUUGUCAUAGUGUGUAGCAGCCAGUUGAAACCAAGCAGAUCAUGCACCACUGGAUUUACACAGUUGCUCCAAAUGUUAUACAUUUUGCAGUUUUUGCAACACUUCUGUCACAUGCUCGCCAAAUCGAAAAAAGUUCCGAUCUUGUUUUUAGUAGUUGUUGAAAUUGUUACAACCCUUUAGAGAUGCUUAGAAUUGCAUAAACAUCAAAACUAAGAGACAUUGCUUUAAAAAAAUGUUUGUAAAAUGGUACUCCCACUCUUAUGAUUACAUUUAAAGUACCAGCAGACAUUAAAUGCUCUGAUCUCACCUUGUAUCAAUACUAGUUCACAAAUGGCCCCAGGAAAUUACAUUGCCACAGUACAUAUGGCCAUGCAUGAAUAUAAUAUCAGAUAACUGCUAAUGGUGACUAUGACAUCACAAUGCUGUAACCACAUGGGCUGUGACAAAGUUGAUGUGUACACCUAACAUAUUUACAUGUGUUUUGAAGAGCUCUCUCUCUCCUAUCUGUAAUGUCUGAUUUAGUGCCCCUAUUUUGUAAGAGCUGAGAAUGUUGGGUAUUUAUUAAUGUAUUACAGAGUUUCAAAACAAUACAUUUAGAGAAAAAUAUGUUAAAACUACCAUCAAUGUAUUUAGAACUAAAUUUGUGUACAUAGAAUACUUUACUAUGAUUCCAAAUAGCUUUCUGGGUGCAACCAGAAGCACACUUCAGUUUUAAAACAAACAUUUUCAGUGUUCAGGAGGAGCUGAAGAAGAGUCGCAGGUUCCUUCUGGAAUAUUUCCUGCUUUUACCUACAGUGAGGUUUAUUGCUGUGAAAUUCUGUUAUACACUCAGGCACAGCAAUAUAAUGGAACAGAAUGACAGAAGGAUUUUAAAGGGCAACAGUCAUGCCCAAAACAACUUAUGCUCAUUAGAUUGAUAGUAGUUUUGCAAGCAAAUGUAUAGAUUGGAAGAGAAAGCUAUUAAAAAAUAUGGUUUUAUCGUAAAUGUCAUUCACGCAGAGGCAUUGACUGAUAAGGGAGAGCAGAAAAGACCUCCCACAAGUGGAUCUUCUGCUCUCCUAACCAUAGGAACCACAACGCAUGCUGCAGAAGACUGCAGGUGGAGCGGUGGAGGACAUCCCGGAGGUGAGUGUUACACGAAGAGUCACACCCAUGAAGCUCGAAGAUGGUGGGGCUGGAUCAGAGGAGAGGUGAGUAAUCUCUAUAUUUUACAUUGAAUACAUCAUGUAUCUUUGUGAAAUAUGGUGUAUUCGAUAGAUAUAGCAGCAAUUUCGGGUAAGUUUAUUUCUUGACUGCAGGUUCACUUUAAAUAGAGAGAUAUGAGAAGUUUGGUCAUUACGUGCUUAUACAGUGCUGACAGUAAUGUAGAUAAUGUACUCUGCUGCUCUCUGACUCAGUGCAGCCAAAGAUAAACAGGCUCUGGCCUAUCAGAAUCCCAGUAGGACUUUAGAAAUCUGCUAGUGCAACCUGAGCUGUGAUUGCAGGUGGUGAGGAACAAUUCUCAAUUUAUGCAUCCAAUCUCAGAUCACUUCUUCCCAGCACUUGUGAAUCUGCACUAGAGUAGAGAAGGCCACCACAGCUGUCGCAGCUACCACCCACACUGCUAGAUAUACGCAAAGCUGCAGAAGAAGCCCCCCACUCAUACAAAUAAUACAAACAGCCCACACACAAACACACAUAGUCCCCACAAACACAACACCACUGUCAAUCCACAUACAUGCACACAACCCCUAAAGCAGCCUAAUUCUACAAGCAGACCCACCCAUACCCACACCACCAAACACACAACUUGAUAUAUCAUCCAGACACACAUUUCCACACGCAACCCCAUACACAGCCCACACAGCCUACAUGCAUAGGUAUCAUACAUACUACCACAAACUACUCAUGAACAUAUUCAACAUAACAGCCCACAUACUCACAAAUACAAUGUCACAAAGCCAAAGCACAAAACGGCAACAUACACACAUCAGUUUUAAAAAAUAGGGCAGACACGCAAGGUACUUCAAGAUCUUGUUUUGGCACAGUACUACUAAAACGUUACCUAUCCCUGGAUUAGACCAAUCACAGCACAAAAUACCCUUACUCACAGCAGGUCAUAGAAGAUCAGCCAAUAAACUGCUGACAUCACGAAUUUGAGAUGAAAUCUGAAAUAUAGGGGGAGGAACCUGCUGUAUCUUCUAGUUUUCUAUGAACCCUGAAAAGGUUAGUUUUAAAACAGAAGGGUGCUUUCUAAAUGGCUGUUAAUAUUACACCUAUCUUGUCGCAUACAAAGAUUAUUUAGAAGUAAUUAAAAUGACCACAAAUUACCUUUAGUAUCUUUUUAACUGAUACUGGCAUUGGGCCGAGUACUUGGUAUCAUUUAUUUUCCUUUUCACUGGGGAACCGGUUUUAACCUACGAAAGUAAAUUUUUUCUUGCUGUGCAUUAAUCUUUCCACCAUAUUAAUGUGAAAUCAUAUAUUGUGAUGGCCAUACUUGUUUUUCCUUUCAUUAGGAAAGGGAAGGAUGCAAUGUAUCUAGUUUCACGAAGGUAGGUUAAAAUGCUUCUUGUCUUAAAGAAUGCAUCAGAUAUACGUACACAUCAUUUCAUUUUGUAUACUCAUAGUGCACCACAAGAAUUUUCCAUCUGCAACCUGAAGUUUGAGAAAGAAAGGCGAGACCCUUAAUGCAUGCAAAUUUAAUCCAUCCGAUGGCCAUCAUUUUUUAUUUCUGCUUGUGGAAUUUUGCAUCAAUUAUUAUUUUUUUGUUUGUUUCUAUCACAUAUUAUUAAUCAGAAUCUGGCUGAAUAUUGUAUUUCCAAAAUGUGUCUUAUUAUUACAGCAGAUUUUUUUUUUUUUACCUUAAAUAUCUGUUUUUGUAUCCCUCCCUAGUAUUUGUAUCUUUCUCUGUGUUUAUAAUUUGGUGGAUAGUAAAUGUACACAUGUGAAUAGUAAAGAUCAAAAGGCUUGACAAUAAUUUGAUUAUUGGCCACAAGAUAAAGAAACCCAUUGUUUAAUUUAGUAGUGACUUUAAAACGGAUGCAUAUUUUGAAGAAACAAAAAUCUACAUCAAGUCAGAUUCAUAACGCUGUCAUUAUCUAUAAGUCCAUUAUAGAAAUGAAUGCAUAUGUUCUUAUUUCUAAAAUAAUAAAAUAAAUGUAAAUAAUUAAGAAAUGGACAGGAUAUAUGCAGAAAAAUUCCCAAGGGGAACAAUUUACAGUUUAUUACUUUUUUUGAACAUUUCACAGUCAUACCUGUCAUAUAUUUACUGGUUUUAGUGUUCACCAACCUCUAAAUUAUAUUGUCUUCUCAGUAGCAUAACUAAAUGAAGGAGGGUCAUAUGCCUGUAUCAAUUUUGUAAACCAGGCUGUGUAUCAAUUGAUACGUCAUGGCAUGGCUACUAUCAGUUUAUUGCAUAGUUUCACUCAUUUAAUGUGAUGAAUGGAACUGCUAAUAGGGAUCAACUACAUAUCCCAUAAAGCCUGGUUGGACAUGAUUAUGGGAUACGAUCAAAGCUAAUAGAGGAUUAAGACCAAACCCAAUAGAGCAGAAUGAGAGGGUCCUGUGGUGUCUGCCUAAAGCUGUAGUCAGCUUCAAGUUGUGCGAUCUUAGGAUCUUAAAAGAUACAUUUUGAGUUAUUUUUGUCAAGCCCUCGUUUAAAGUGAAAAAAAUGCCAGUUCUUCAAAGUGAUCACUUAAAGAGGAACUGUCAUUUUCAGACAAAUGACAGCUCCUGGUUCCUUCACCCCAGUUAACGCUAUGGUGUGUUGAACUCUGUAAUCAUAAUGUUGAAGUAUCUACUAAACGGCAAUGUUUUCCGUUGCACGGUUAAAACGAAAAGGCCAUUGAGAUUAAGUGGUCAGGGUGCCUUUAUUGGUCCUUUAAGUUUGAGUCCUAGUGAUGAAAACAGAAGAGCAAGUGUUUAAUUUUCUUACAUUUUUUUUCUUCCUAAAUAUUCUGUUCCCUUUGCAUGUGUCCUAACCAACUAAUCUGCCUGGUGUUUCAGCAUAUGAUUUGAUUUAACAGAUAAAACCAAAAACUAAAAAACAAAAUUAAAAAUGAAAUCCUAUUUUGUAAAUCCUUGAAUUAAAGAGUUAUUCCAUGCACCAUGACCACUUCAGUGAUUUUAAGUGGUCAUGGUUCCUUGAUUAUGUGCUUGCAACAUUUCGCUAUGAAACGUAGCACAUAUGGAGUUUAACCCCUCUGCUACUGUACGUGUAACUCAACCUCAAGCCAUGUAAUUGGGGUUUUAUUAGCCAGCCCGAAACUAGAGUCCUGGAACUUUUAUUGCACAGAAUAUCAGUCGCUGGCCAACUGAUCUGUCUGCCAAUGAAUGGCAAUGGCUGCGGCUCUCAAAAGCCAGAAGUGCAUCACCUGUUUAGUAGGGAGCCUUGGGGCCUAGCAGUGAACCAAGUAAGAGGACAAACCAUUGCUGGUUUACCAAUUCCUAGGGAACAGGGCCAGGGUACUCCUGGCAUCACAACCACUACUGUACCAUUGUACAGCGCUCCAGAAUCUGAUGGCGCUAUAUAAAUAAUACAAUAAUAAUAAUAAUGUUAGAGUAAACAUGUUAUGCACAAUUGUAAAGUGUGAUGGACGUUGAUAAUCUUUUCAUAAUGAGAUAAAUACAAAUUAUGAUCACUUACUGAUCUUAUUGACUAGUACUGAUAUUUUACUACCCCUCUUAGUAUUGCAGUUUUUAAAGUUAAGAAAUGUAACACUAGCAUAACCGAAAAAUAACAAAACUUGAAAUCCAUACUUGAUAUUAAAUUUAAUUUUAGUGUUAACAGAAAACAAGUUUUCUCCUAUUUGGUUUGCUUCUAAGAAUACAAGUAACUUAAUAGGUAUGUCCUCGAUACAGGCCUGCUUUUUAAAUUCAUUUAAAGGUGUAUUCAUAGGUGUUGCUGUGUGUGCUUUGGGGGCUGGAGUCCUGAAUCUCUAUUAGUAGAACAUGAAACCGAAUAAUAUUAGUGUUUGUUUUUAUUUUGAAUUUUACACAAAGCAGCUGGCUAUUAUAACUAGUACAAUUUAAUGCAAGGCUUUGAAGAGGGGGAGAGUGUUGACCCCCCAGUUAACUAUUGGGGUAACAGCGCUUGUUUGCACACCCCUCGGUUAGUCACGUAGCACAGUAGCAUUGCAUUGAAAACCAGACUAUGUUUUCAUUUAGAUCCUGGAGCUUGCUGGUCAAGGGUAGAGAGGCGAACACAUUACAUAGGAAGGCUAGGUGUUGAGUCUGGUUUGGGCUCAAUCCCUUGGCGUUUGUGGAACCUAUCAGUAUCUCUGACUUUGACCUUGAUGUAAUAUUUUUGAUUGAGCUUUGCAAAUAAUUUAACGUUUUGGAUGAGCCUUUUUUUAAAUUAUUUAAACAUUUGGAAAAUAUUUUGAUAUUUUUUUUUUAUAUGUGAUUUAUUUUUUGCCAUUUUAAUAUUUUGGAAAAAGAAUUGUUACAAGUUUAUUUAAAAUAUUGAAAACAAAAUUAAAAUUACAUUCUCUUUCAAUUGAUCUUAAUUUUCUACUGGCAGGCGCCCUUUUUGUUGUGAUUUUUUGCUUUAGUUCUUUAGUUAAACUUGGACAGAACGUACAUUCAGUUAUGAUAGGAUAUAAUUGGAACAAAAAUAAAUAAAAGUGGGCAAGUAAUUAAGCUGUUUAAAAUAUAUAUUUAAAAAAAAAUAAAAUAAAUCUACCAGAAUAUUUUUGUGCAUUUAUUUGUUUCAGUAGAGUACUUUUCUAAUAGGUUUUUUCUUUUUUUUUUUUUACAUAGACACAUUGUUUGAUAUAUUGCUUGCAUGCUUUACACAAUGGGCAAAGUAUUUGCUUUUCCUUCAUUAAGUCAUCACACUUUAUUAAUUCAGUCCUUCGUUUUAGGACUCAAAUUACCUUUUUAAAACUCGGGUCAAGUCAGGUGCAACUUUAUCCAACUUGGAUACAAGCCAUCAUCAAAAUUCAUGUUUACUGAGCUGUGUCUGUUUUGUUAUGUUGAAUAUAUUGUUGUAGCAGUGUGGAUAUAACUCAGUAGUUCAUUUCAAGGGAAACAUGCUACAUCUUGCUGUUGUGAUCAAUUUCCCUUAAGUUGAGCUAACUGUGAAAUGUUCUAUUAAAUCUUCUGCAUCCUUGAAAAAAACCGUAGAAGCUCAUUGCUGUGGUAGCCAUAUACCCACGAGUCAUUGAAGGGUAAUAAACUCUCCAGACAGUGCUUGAUCAAAUCCCAUAUUGAAUUGGAGGGUAUAAUUAAGAUAAAGGACUACCAUCACCAAAUUAAUAUUGUAAAAGUUUAUCACAUGUACUGAAACUUAUGGAUAUAUUUUUAGAACGCAAAUAAGCAAAUAAACUAUAUAUAUAUAUAUAUAUAUAUAUAUAAAAUAUUUUCUGCGAGAAAAUUGCACUUUGCUGGCUAAGCAGCCAUGUUGAGUCACAUUCUGCUGUUACCUGACCAACUGCUGAUUAACCUAACCUGCAGCUGUGUUUGCUCUCUGUGAAUUUGUUUGUUUCCUGUCUCCUUAUAAUUCGUUAUUAAGUGGUUAUCCCCUAUUUUUUCAAGUGUUUCUCCCCUUUGUCAUAAUGGGUUAAUUUUCUUGUUUGUAUUCUUUACUAUGUGAAACUGUAGCAGCAAUUAAGUUUGUUGAGCAAUAGUUGGUGAGAUAACAGUAGAAUCCGACCCAACAGGGUUGCUCAGCCAGAUAAAAAAAUAACAUUUAAAAAAAAAUUAUAAUAAAUAUAUACAUCAUGAAAAUAAAUAUGCUUCAUUAAAUAUAAUAAAGUUAAAAAAAAAUGUGAAUAUUUAAUGAUAAUUUUCCUUUGUGACUGACUCCCAGUGAUAAAGUAUUUAAAUGACCAUCUCAAGGAAAUGGAGACCAAAGUGUCAUUUAGCCAUUUAUCCAAGAGUUAAAUAGCACAAAAAACACAUUUAAGUGUUAAAAAGCACCAACAAAUAGUGCAAACACAGCAUUUGAUACAAAACUCUGGUAAAAAAACAUCAGACGUGUUUUGUCAUGUUAAUCUGAUGACAUUUCUGAUGGUUACUGAUGUUAAAAACUAUGCUUUAUUUCUUUACAAUGAUAAUCUAAUUACUUUGAGACUAUGAGUAGGUCUUGAAGAAGGGAGACCUGUGUCUUCUAAAGACACAAACUCAAUCUUCAGUGUUGCCCUUCUGUAUUUGGCAUUUGUGAAGACCCUGUAUGGGAGGAAAGGUCCUCAGUGGAUCAGCAGUCAAAGGCAAGCAUGUCAAACAAUGACAAUCUUUGCGGCCCGCCUGCCCUGGGGCCACAUUGUGCUGUGGCUGUGACCAGCCAAAAGACAGGAAAGCUCUUUUCUGUCUGUUUCUUUUCUGCCCUACCAUGGCCGAUAGCGUGUGCCGACAGCCGCAAGAGCGCUAAGCAUUAGUCCACGCCGGCCACCGGAUAUGCGCAUAUAGCAUGUCAUGUCAUGUCAUGUCCAGUGGCGGCGCUACAGUGUGCAGAGUGGCUGUCUGUCUGCAGAGCAGGCCAGCCACUCCCUCUUCCUUCCUGCUCACAAUGCCAGAGGAGCAUCCGGCCUGCUUGAGAAGAGCAAGGCUGGAACUGGAGGACAGGUGGUUCAUCUUAAGGUAGGGGAAGAGGGGCAGUGUAUUCAAUUGGGGAUGGGGGCAGUGUAUUCAAUUAGAGAGGAGGGAGUGUAUUCAAUUAGAGAGGAGGGAGGAGAGGCAGUGUAUUAGAUUAAGGGGCAGUAUAUUAGUUUGGGGGGAACUGGCAGUGUAUUAGAUUAAGGGGCAGUAUUAGAUUGGGGGGAGGUGGCAGUGUAUUGGAUUUGGGGACAGUAUAUUAGAUGGGGCAGGGUAUUAGAUUGUGUCCCAUGGAGAUGCUCAUUGGCCACGUAGCAUUUUGCCACACUUGCACAAUAGUCUCCCAAAGCAUUGGAUUGGCUGAGAUCAUCAAGUUUGAUGAUCUCAGCUAAAGUGAAGAACAUACUCAUAGGACUUCAAAAUCAACAAGAUAACGUUAUUUGUUUUUUAAGCUGUGCAACCGCAUACAUUCACCACUUCAGUCCAAUUACCAAAAUUUUCUUAAAAUGUCAAGGUAGUUGGACUGAAACAUUGGUUAUAUGCAAAUGCACAUCUGCUUCAAAAUGAAUUUGCUCUUUUGUUUACUUUGAAGCCAUACGAGCGUGAGGAUGUCCAGUGUGAGGCGACUUUAUACCCCUACAUGCGUGAGGACAUCCAGUAUCAUGAAAACUUUAGUUUUGUUUUUUUUUGCGGCCCACAUAAACUUAAAUCUUUAUUUGGCCCGUGUUAGCCUUUAAUGAAAUGAUAGGUUAAAGUUUAGAAUAAUCUUAAAUCACUUAGAACAAGCAUGUCGAACUCAAACUAAAUUUUGUUUAGGAAACUGGUGUUGACCUUCACUUCCUGUUACAGCCAUUUUCAUUUUUAAAAGAAAUUACAGAUGACUAUAGGUAUCAUGUUCGAAAGUAAUAGGAUUAACAAUUUUUUUUCAUUCUACAAAAAUAAUGUAUUUUGCUUACAAAUAGCACAAUUUUUCUAAUCUUAUUUUGAAAACUGCAGUUACCCAUGAGAAAAUAUCAGUAAUAAUGAAGGUCAAUUUUAAAUUUAACAAUCUAGAAGAUAACGUUCCUCUCAGUCAUAUCAUUAAGGUAAAUUUUAAGGAUCGUUUCUACAUAUUUUAUUAUAUUUUCACCAAUAUAAUUUUCACUUUUUAUUUUAUUUGUUUUGUAGGAUCUCAAACAGAUGACCAUAUUCCAAGACGCACUACUCAAAAAAUAGUAGCACCCCCUGGUGGUCGUUCUAAUAUUACAUCCCUUUCAUAAUAUGGUAGAAACAGCUAUGUGGAAAGAAACAAUUUGUCAAUGGAGAAGAUCUUACAAGAACUUGCAUGGUGAUUAAGUGAAAAAUAAGUCUUAAAGCAAUGCUCCCGAUUUACCCCAGGCUUGCUUGUAUAUGAAGGCUGAAAAAGGUUGGCUUAGCAAUAGAGAAGGAGAUAAAUACAGAUAUAUUAUAAUUGAUUUACAAAGGAAUUUAAUUCAUGUUGGUGGAUGUCUUCAAUGAUUUUUUGUUGCCAAUCUCAAUGUGUCAAUGUGAUUUUUGCUUUUCUAACCUUGCUUUCUUGUAACCGUGUCAUAGAUUGUAUGUGUAAUCAAAAAAAACACUUUUCAAUUCAAACUGCCAAAAUUUGUAUCAGAAUAAUGAUACAUGGCCAUGUUAUACUGGGGGUGUUAAAGCAGGAAAUUAAUAAGAAAUGUUAUCACUGAGACCUUAAUGUAAUGUAAAUUCAAUUAGUGUCACACAAAACGUAUACAAUAAGCACUUAUAUAAACAUGACCAAGAAAAAAAAUGCUUACCAGAAGUAGAAUUUCUUAUAACAACUUUUGUAUUGCCUGCUAUGCAUGUCACAUGUUGGGGCAUUCAAAAAAUAAAAUGUCAGAGGAUACUAGAGAUGAAACUGAUCGUUACCGCAGGGAUAGUGAAUCUUUUACAUCAGUUGUAAACAGCCAAAUAUUGACUAAAUCUGUAGAUGUCUAACACUUCAGUGUUGCCACAAGGCACAUUCCACAUAUGUUCAGGGGCUAUGUACUAUAUGUCGGGUGUAAAAUCUUGUUGGGUUCCUCCCGAAUUUGCCAGUUUCCAGCAUUGCUAGGGAGGGGUAUGACAGGGACUUGACCCCGAGUGAUGUCUUUAAAAGUCUUGGGUCUAAUUUUGCCUUCAUUUCAUUGUUAGUCCUGAUCUUCUGUGAUACUAAGAGAGUAAUAACAUCUCUGAUGACAUAGUUUGGGACAAUUCCACUGUAAAUCACUGUAUUUGGAGUUACAUUUACAGCACUGUGUGGGGAUAUUGUUGUGGGUGCACAGUUUUAAUGCAUUGGGGUCAAGCAUGCUCAGAAUUAUAAAUAUUCAAUCAAAGAUUUAGAUGAACACAUUAGGGUUUAGGGUUGGACUUCGGCUUUGAUAUAUGGCUUGUUUUGCUAGUACUUAAGUCAAUAUACGUGGAGUGGGCAAUAAAAUGUACAGUUAGGCUAAGGCCCCACAGAACAAAACCUCAGGCACCCAAAAUGGAAACCAAGCUUAUUUGGGAGGUGUCCCCAGAAGAAACCUCCAUGAUAACAAACCUGAAAGGCUGUCGAUUUUUUAAGGGCACAGAUAACAAGGGAAUUAGGCUUACUGCUGGACAACGUCACUCACAAUGACCUUGCCCCUUACUUAUUUUAACAUUAUAAUAAAAUAUUAAAGGACCACUAUAGGCACCCAGACCACUUCAGCUUAAUGAAGCGGUCUGGGUGCCUGGUCCAGCUAGGUUUAACCCUUUUUUUUUUUUAUAAACAUAGCAGUUUCAGAGAAACUGCUAUGUUUAUAAUAGGGUUAAUCCAGCCUCUAGUGGCUUUCUCAUUGACAGCCGCUAGAGGGCUUCUGUGCUUCUCACUGUGAUUUUCACAGUGAGAAGACGCCAGCGUCCAUAGGAAAGCAUUGAGAAUGCUUUCCUAUGGACUGGCUGAAUGCGCGCGCGCGGCUCUUGCCACGAAUGCGCAUUCAGCCGGUGACAGAAGAAGAGGGAGGAGAGCUCCCCACCCGGCGCUGGAGAAAGAGGUAAGUUUAAUCCCUUCCACCCCCCAGAGCUGGGCGGGAGGGGGACCCUGAGGGUGGGGGCACCCUCAGGGCACCAUAGUGCCAGGAAAACGAGUAUGUUUUCCUGGCACUAUAGUGGUCCUUUAAUAGUAAAUUAUUUCAGGUUGUUUGUCUAAAAACAUCUUUAGCAGGUUUUAACUUCUACACUACCAAACUCAGAAAAUGAGGGUAUUUUAACAGAUUCCAUACAAAGCCCAUAUAUAAACUAUGACAAAUUCGACUGAAUCAUUUACACAGCCAACUCUAUAAUAAUAAUAAUAAUAAUAAUGUAUUUAACCAUAUAUUACCGUAAGACUUUUAUUUAUUUAUAUAAGAGCAUUCGACCACUAACCACAAAAUUUUACUAGAGGUAAUUUAGCAAAUAAAAGAAAACCUCAGUAGCAAACGGGUAACUAAUACAUUCUGGGGACUGGGCUUUAUUGGUACUUUAGUAUUUUAUAUAGCUGAUAAAAUGUUCACGUUCCUGACAAAAAUAUUUUUUUCUUUUAUUUUUUUUUUUUAUACUAUAUAGAUAUAUAUGUUUGAAUUUAUUUAGAUAUUUUAUGGACUUGUUUGAAAUCCUUAUGUUUUAGAGAAGUUUAUGUAUUGCGUUGCAACUUUUUUGGCACUCAGUUUGUAAAAAAUGUAUUCAUGUUUAGUACAUUUUUACGUAUAUCCUGGAUAGCAUAAUUCACAUACCUUGAUCUAGCACUUAGAGUGUUCAAAACAAUUGUUCCAUCAUGAAGAUUCUAUGUAAUCACUUCAUGUGUAAUGUAAUCACAUGGCGUUAGUGUCCGUCCACAGUGAAUGCCUACCAUGUCAAUGGAGUCUUGAUGGAGUCUUCUAUACAUAAGUAAGAAAAUAGGCAGUUGGGGGUUCUCAUAUGUAGACUAUGAAGGUGUCCUCUCGAGGCUGUAGGACCCUGAGAAUCUGCCAAAUCAAUGUGAGAUUUGUUUAAAAACCCUGAGGCGGGCCAGGUAUGUUCAUUAAUAUGUUACUUCCUGUUUCAUGCAGAAAAUGUGACAUUUUAGAAAGGGUCGUUGAUGCCUUAACUUGGCACUGCAGAGAUUUGUGGACUAUAUAUCCCAUGUAGCUCUGCCAUUCUUAAGGCAUCACUAAACUAAGUAACUACCUGUCAGUACUGUUGAAUAGUGCAGGAAAUGAAAUGUGCAUCAUCGUUCAUUGUAAAUGAACAUUAUGUUUAUGAAAAUAUUGUCACAAAACUGAAAUCCUUUUUAAUGAAACCGUAGUUGUCAUGAACAUAAACAAACAAACAAGAAAACACAGUUUUACUAUUCUAUUUGUCUGCUUUCUAAUUUAUCACAAGUGGAAUAUUUAAAGAUUUACAACCUUCUUUGAUAAUUUUUUUUUUUUUUAAAAGCUUGCCCAAUUGAAUAGUUACUCCUGGUGAAGCACUACUGACUUACAAUACAUGUAGGUAUUUAUAUUGUUUAUAAUACUGUUACACUAUGCAUGUUUCACUGUCAUUACUUUUGUUGUUAUUAAUAAAGAUUAAUACAUAUAGCCUGUAUAUUGUGAUAAUUAAAUUUCUAUAUAAAUAUACAUAUGUGG